AUUAAAAGUAUUUUUCUCACCCCAGCUAACUAUGGAUUCUAUCAAAAUUUUAUUAAGUGAUUUUCGUCAAAUUUAUGAGAAACCUGAUGAUUUUGAUAUCGUUAUUAAUGUUGGAAAAGGGGAAAACUUUAAAAGUUUUAGUGCUCAUUCCGUAAUUUUAAGAGCAAGAUGUCCCUAUUUUAAAAAGAAAAAGGUAUAUUUAUACGGGCGAAUGUAAUAUAGAGGAAGAUAUUGAUAUGUAUCAAGUUCUUAUAGCUUCGAACGAGCUGGAACUUACAUAUUUAAUCGAUUAUGCUCAAAAUUAUAUAAUUAAUAAUGAGGAAGAUUGGGCAGAAAAUAAUAUUAUAAGAAUGUAUAUUGAGUCAGUACGAUGCAAUUUUACCAAACUUUCGAAUUUUUAUGGUGAAAUCAUCGCGUUUCAACCUUUAUUAUUAUUUAAUUCAUCAUAUUUCAACUCUUUGGAUAUUAAUGUUUUCUUAAAAUUCCUCGAACGUAAUGAUAUUAACAUCGAUGAAAUUGAAAUUUGGGACAAUAUAAUUAAAUGGGGGACUGCACAAAGACCACGGCUCAAUUUCGGACCUUCAAAUUAUUCUAAUCAUGAUUUUGGAGAAUUACAACGUCGUUGUUACGAUUUAAUUUCAAAAGUCAAAUUCUUUGGGAUUACUGGUGACGAAUACCGUGCAUACGUUUGUCCUUAUAGAAGAAUAUUACCACCUUUUAUUGUUGAUAAAUUGGAAGAAUUUUACAGGGUAAAUGGUGCAAGACUCCCUUAUAACACAUUAAACAUUAGAAAUCCAAGAUCUUAUAGAGUUAAUUCGCGUAUUGUCUCUAUUGAACACCUUAGGAUAAUUACUGAUUGGAUAGCGAGAAAAAAUAACAUUAAUAUUUCAUUAUUACCGAUAUUUUCUUUUAAACUUUUACAUCGUGGCAUAGAUGAUGGAAUGAGCGUCGAUGAAUUUCAUGAAAAUUGUGACGAAAAAGGACCUACAUUGGUCGUAAUUAAGAUAAAAGAUUCCCACGACAUCAUUGGCGGGUAUAAUCCAUCUAGUUGGAGUUCUUCGGGAUUUUGGAAAGUCACAAAUAAAAGUUUUAUUUUUUCAUUUAAAAAUGGAUCUUUUAGAAAUGAUAUCUUAAGUCGUGUAAGAGAUCAAAGUACUGCGAUACAUGAUAAUUUUAAUCACAAUCUUGGAUUCGGAUAUAGAGACCUUCUUUGGUUUAAAGGUGAAUGUAUAUGUUCUAGCUAUAAAAAAAAAAUUCUUGAAACUAGUAAAUUUCUUUUAGAAGAUUACGAAGUUUUUCAAGUAAUUAGAAAGACAAAUUAUUCUUAGAUUUUAGCCCUUUUGAAUUAUUAUAAAACAUGUAUUUUAUCUUAUACAAUUAUUUAUAAUAAAUUAAAAUAGAUAAAUCCAAUUUAGCCAAAAUAUUCAUUUUAUAUGGAUAUAGAUUUUAGAUUUUCAAACUAAGCGUCAAUUGAACGUCCAGCAAAACUAUACGAAAGCAUUUUAGACAUCAUUAUUUCAUUUUAUUCAUUUUAUGAAAAAGAUUAAAGAAAUUAUUAAAUUUUCUUAAUAAAGAUGAUACACUUCCAAACUUCUGAAAAAAAUAUCUUUCAACAGAAAAUCGGGCUUAGUACAUAUAAAAUAGCGUGGGACAUGAUCAUACUUCAUCAUGUUCAAACAACAAACGUAGUGGUAAG